UUUCAAUGAUUCAAAUAAAUAUUUUGACAGUCGAUUUUUAGCAACAUGCUAGUUUUUAGGUUAUCUAUGUUUAGGCUAGUCUAACAUUAUCUAAGAAACUCAAAAAUGUUGCGCUUAGCACAAAAUAUUCCCAAAACUUUGCAAAUUACCUCAGAACCACUCAGUAACUUGCAAUCUGUACGAUGGCGAAAACCACGAUGGGUUCCUAUUGCAAAAAGCAAAAUUUUUCGCAUUCCAGAACGUCCUGUUGUGCCAGAAAUCGAAACCGAAGAAAUGAAACGUUUAAACAACCAUUACCGUACACAAAUUAAAAGCAUUCGCCGUUACUUAACGAAGCAAUAUGAACAAGCAACUAUGCAAACUGUUGACCCAGAAGUGUUAAAGAAGGCAUUUGAAGAGGACUUUGCAAAAUGUAAUGCACUCAAUGAUGAAUGGAAUGAAAACCAACAGAAAGUCAGAGAGGCAAGAUAUGCCAAGGAUUUGGAGAGUGAUAUCAAAAUCGCCGAGCAGCGACUCACUGAAAGAAAGAAAAUCAACCAAGAGAAGUUUAUGCAGGCUGAGGAGAUUGUCAAGUCACAGAAAGCAAUUGCACACACAUUUAUCACUAGGGAUAAUAUUGAUGCAGCUAUUGAAAAGGCAAUUAGCUCAGAAAUUGAUCAUAACUUUGCUAUUGAUUUAGAAGGAAACAAAAUCAUAGGAAGACAUACCAAACCAGAACCUUCAAAAGUAGAUGAAAAAAUUAGCAUAAAACAAUAAAAUAGAAUUAACUUAUACCUCAACUAUGUUUUAAAAGCAUUUGUUAAUAAAAAUAAUAUAAGUAA